AUGUGGCAAUCACUCUUCUUGAGUAUUACUGCCCUCUUCGCUUCACAGGCUUUGGCUGGCGAUGGCAAGUGGCUAAGCCCCGAGUACAAGCAAAUCUUCCAAACCCCUCUUCCCUUCCCCUCGGACAAGAGGCCCCUCUACACAUAUACCAACGCUACCACUGGCAACUCCAUCGACUACUAUGAGAUCGACGUCAAGCCUCUUACCCAGCAAGUCUAUCCUGGUCUGAAGCCUGCUCGGCUUGUCGGAUACGAUGGUAUGUCUCCCGGUCCUACUUUCCGCAUGGAGAAGGGACGUGAGGCAGUUGUUCGGUUCAGGAACCACGGUGAUAAGGACCUCUCAGUUCAUCUUCACGGCUCCUACAGUCGUGCGCCGUUCGACGGGUGGGCCGAGGAUGUGACUAAGCCCAAUCAAUACAAGGACUAUUACUAUCCUAAUCACCAGAGUGCUCGCACUCUGUGGUAUCACGACCAUGCUGCCCACCACACUGCCGAGAAUGCUUACUUCGGGCAAGCUGGCUUCUACAUCCUGCAUGACCCUGCUGAGGACGCUCUUGGUCUGCCCAAGGGCAGCUAUGACCUGCCUCUCGCACUGUCAUCCAAGCAGUACAACAGUGACGGAACGCUCUUCGACCCCAAGGAUGAGACCAAUUCACUCUUUGGCGAUGUUAUCCACGUCAACGGACAGCCUUGGCCCUUCCACAAGGUCGAGCCUCGCAAAUACCGCCUCAGAUUCCUCGAUGCUUCUAUCAGCCGAGCAUUCAAGCUUACUUUCGAGGUCGACGGUAAGGCAGUCGACUUUCACGUCAUCGGUGCCGAUACUGGCCUUCUGACCAAGCCUGUGAAGAGCAACAACCUCGAGAUCUCCAUGGCCGAGCGUUGGGAAGUCGUCUUCGAUUUUGCACAAUUUGCCGGCAAGAACGUCACUCUCAAGAAUGGCCGCGAUGUCCAACACGAUGAGGACUACGCUGCUACAGACAAGGUCAUGCAGUUUGUUGUUGGUAAGGAUGUUAAGGACACGAGCAACAACGGCGACAUCCCAUCUGCCCUUCGCAAUGUUCCAUUCCCACCAAAGAAGAGUGGCAUUGACAGGAGCUUUAAGUUUGGCAAGUCUGGCGGCGCAUGGACUGUCAACGGUGUCACUUUCGCUGAUGUCAAGAAUCGCAUUUUGGCUAAGCCUCAGCGUGGCGCCAUCGAGGUUUGGGAGCUCGAGAACUCCAGUGGUGGCUGGUCGCACCCAGUCCAUAUUCAUCUAGUCGACUUCCAAAUCCUGUCUCGCACCGGUGGCAAGCGUUCUGUCCUCGACUAUGAGAAGGAGGCACUCAAAGAUGUUGUUCUGCUUGGCGAGAACGAGAAAGUCACAGUCAUUGCACGCUAUGCUCCUUACGAUGGUGUGUACAUGUUCCAUUGCCACAACCUCAUUCACGAAGACCAUGACAUGAUGGCUGCUUUCAACGUCACUAGCCUCGGUGAUUGGGGAUACCCUGAAACUACCAAGUUCAUCGACCCUAUGGAAGAGAAGUACCGCAGCAAGGCCGAGAGCACAUCUGACUUUGAGAAGUCAGCCAUCAUGAACACAAUGGCCAAUUUCGAGCUUUUGGAGGCUUACGAAAAAGUUGAGAAGCUUGAGGACGCUCUUGAGAGCUACCGCGUCAAUGGUCCCCCUAAGACAACCUUGUCCACUGUCACUCGCACAUCGGCUUCAUCGGCUUCAUCAAAUUCAUUACCUGCUAGCUCGAUUGAAGACAACAGUCGGACAACUCCGGCGGCUUCAAUAACGCCCCAAGUUAAGGCAGAGGCAGCAUCAGCAACGAUAACAUCAGCCCCUAAGACCACAAGCACCACAAAGAAGGUCGAUGACAAGAAGACCAAGACAACAUCCAAGAAGUAA